GACAAACAAGAUGAUGACGAAUUGGUUGGUCAUUUGGAUUUCAUCGGCCUCCAUCAAACAUCUCAGUCUUCUUCGAAAAGACUUCGUAAAGUAGGAUUUUCAAUGACAGAGUUUACUACGCAAUAG